GGAGGGGGGAAUGUCGCUAUGGCUUCGUGCCGCUUAGCAUCGGCAAAAUGGCCUGUUCUAGCUGAUCCCCGACUGGAGCUGCAAACGCUGUUGCCUGGCGUAAGCCAUACACGGGAUGAGUCGAUCGAGGUCCCUGUUCUUGAUCCCGUUCCACUGAGCUCUGCUGAAGGAUGUUAGGCCACGACUUGGCUGCGCUGCCACCUGCAGUCAGAAAUCUUGUCCACUGAUCCCCAGCCUCAAAUUCGUGAUGAGUUGCCUGCGGAGAAACUAGAGUGACAAGACUUUGCCUUUCACUUUGAACUCCGCCGGAACCUUCGAGUCGGGGCCGCUGGAUCCUGGGGAUCGGAUUCCUGACGCACAGUCUGGCCGUUUGGUCACGUGUGGGAGUCGCCUCGAGGUGGGGCCAUGGGUAAGAAGAGAAUGGGCGGCGGUGGGGGCCUGGGCCGAGCUAUCAUCAAAGACAAGAAUCAGGCCGCGGGGAGACUGCGGAAAACUGACACCUGGCUUCACACAAGUGAACUGAAUGAUGGCUAUAAUUGGGGACGGCUGAAUUUGCAAUCUGUGACAGAACAAAGCACGUUAGAUGAAUUCCUGGCAACUGCAGAAUUGGCAGGCACAGAGUUUGUAGCUGAGAAGUUGAAUGUCAGGAUUAUUUCUGCUGAGGACAGAACCGGUUUGCUGACAAGAGAGGAAAGCAAAAAGAUUAAGAAGCUUCAAGAAGAGAACAAGCAGUUUCUUUGCAUUCCCCGAAGGCCUUAUUGGGAUGAAAAUACAGCGGCUGAACAACUGCAACAAUCAGAAAGGGAAAGCUUCCUGGAGUGGAGAAGACAGCUGGCUCGUUUGGAAGAAGAAGGGAACCUGAUUCUGACACCGUUUGAAAGGAAUCUGGAGUUUUGGCGUCAACUAUGGAGAGUGAUUGAAAGAAGUGACAUCAUUGUUCAGAUUGUUGAUGCUAGAAACCCACUCCUUUUCCGCUGUGAAGACUUGGAACGCUAUGUGAAGGAGAUCCAGAAAGAUAAAGACAACAUGAUCCUCUUAAAUAAAUCUGAUCUGCUGACAUGUGAACAACGGAGAGCCUGGGCAAGAUAUUUUGAUAAAGAAGGUGUGCAGGUCAUUUUCUGGUCAGCCACUGCUGAAGGGAAAAGACUAGAUGCUGAAGGAAAGGGAGAAGAUCAAGAGACAGAAAGAAGUGAAGUGAGUGAAAGAGGAUCAGGUACUCAGUUUGAUGCUCGAGAUGGCUUGAGGCCUACGUAUGAUGCAAAUGACAGUGACUCUAGUGAGUAUGAAGAUUGUGAAGAUGAUUGUGAAGAUGAUGACUCUUGGCAAACUUGUUCAGGAGAUGAGAAGAAAAAUAUUACGCACUCUGACAUUGAGAACACGACUGGUCAUAUUAACAUAAAUCCUGCCUCUGCUGGCCACUGUGAAAACUGCUACAAGGAAAAUGAUGGGCCUUUAAGUAGCUCAAGCUCCAGUACAACAGAGUUUAUCAAAAAAUCCAUCAGUAACUCGAGCCAUCUGGUGCAGAGAAAUGAACUAUUGAAGAUUUUUAGAACUUUGCACAAAGGACAACGUGUGAAAGAUGAUGAAGUAACAGUGGGCUUAGUAGGAUAUCCAAAUGUAGGCAAAAGUUCAACAAUCAAUACUAUUCUUCAAAAUAAGAAAGUUUCUGUAUCUGCAACUCCAGGCCAUACAAAACACUUUCAGACAUUGUAUGUGGAGCCAGGUUUAUGCUUGUGUGACUGUCCAGGCCUAGUGAUGCCGUCUUUUGUCUCCUCCAAAGCGGAAAUGGUCUGUAGUGGAAUUUUACCCAUAGACCAGAUGAGAGACCACGUGCCACCUGUUUCUUUAGUCUGCCAGCAUAUCCCCAGGCAUAUUUUGGAAGCUACAUAUGGAAUUAAUAUUAUCCAUCCCAGAGAAGAUGAAGACCCAAACAGACAACCUACUUCUGAGGAAUUAUUAACUGCCUAUGGGUAUAUGAGAGGUUUUAUGACUUCCCAUGGGCAACCAGAUCAACCUAGAGCAGCUCGAUAUAUUUUGAAAGAUUAUGUUACAGGCAAGCUGUUGUACUGCCAAUCUCCACCUGGCAUUGAUCCUGCUCAUUUCCAAUUCCAGCAUGCUAAAUUUGACAAAUGUGGUGUUGUAUGUCAUGAGAAUGGUACAAAACUCAAAAGGAAGCAGUGUAAUUUGAAAAGAAUUGAGAAUGAUGUGGACAAAAGCUUCUUCCAUCAGGAGAAUAUACGUGCUUUGACAAAAGGAAUUCAAACAGCAAUGGGAUUAAAACAUGGCAUUAGCUCAACAUCGAUGACUGGAGCCAGCAUGGAAAAUGUGGCAGGAAAACCAUGGAAAAAGCAUGGCAACAGACACAAGAAAGAAAAAUUACGGAGAACUUAUAAACACUUGGAUGGAUGAAUUUCACUUGUUAUUCUUAGGAGUAAUUUAGUGUAAUUCACUUGGAAUUUACAGUAUAAAUUUUUAACCUUUUUCUGAAGAGAUGUGCGAUUCCAUUGUUGAAUUCUGCAGUGAAAAAAUAAAAUAUGUACAUAA